UGGUUUGUUCAUAUUUAGAAUUCUUAAACCUGAUUUGUAUGUAAAAAAAACAUGCACGUUGUGGCUGAGAAUGUAGAAUCCGACUCUGGCCAAGUUAAGACUGACUUCGGCCGAUGGGAACAGACUGAAGAAGAAGUGAAUGUCAUUGUGGAUCUCCCUUCUAAUCCAGGGUUCAAAGUCAAGGGCAAAGAUGUGGCUGUGGUGGCCACGCCUACAUCACUGGCUGUUUCAGUUUUUAAGGAGCAAAAAUUGAAGAACAGAAAUAAUAUUUGGCAGAAGUUGAAGGGAGACCUGUUUGCUUGUGUCUCUCCAUCUGACAUGGUGUGGACGAUAGACGACAACAAACUACACAUCACACUUAUCAAGGCACUCAAGGGAUCCACUCACUGCUGGACUUCCCUCUUCAAAGACGGACCACCACACUCACAGUACACUGCAGACCCAUGGACCCUGGAUAAUAUGAGGAAACAGUUGACCAGAGAGAGGUUCCAGAGAGAGAAUCCAGGCAUGGAUUUCAGUGGGGCUGAAGUGACUGGAAAUUACCAAGGAGGAGGACCCGAACUACCUUCAUAGUAGUUUUGGAAACUUUUUCUCAAACUCAGCCUAUAGCUUUCCGGCCUGAAAACUAAUUAUGCUUUUUCUAAAAAAAAACAUGGAAAUAAAUGUGUCUUUUGCUUUACCUCGCAAUCUUUCAUUAUAUCUAUCUUGGUUUUAUUCAAUAUGUUAACUUUCAACUAAUCUUAAUAUACCUGAUUAAAUGUCGUCUUAUUCAUUCAACCAAUAAUUUCUUUGC